UCAGGACUGAGUUGUGGGUUAGUACUGGGGGAGCUGGAGGUGCCAGUGGUCAAAGCCGGUCUCAGAUAUCAGCACAGAGCGAAGUCUUAGGCAGCUGUUCUUUGCAGGUCAGAUGUCCCGUUCAAAGGCUGGUUGCUUUCGCUGAAAAUGACCCUGCCUCUCCGCCGUGCAGGCAUGGCCACCACUGGGAACCUGUCUGAAGAGCAGGUGCACUGCUCCAUCUGCCUGGACGUCUUCACCAACCCCGUGUCCAUCCCCUGCGGGCACAACUUCUGCCAGGGCUGCAUCCUGGGAUACUGGAAAACGAGCCCUCUCUACCAGUGUCCCAUGUGCAAGAAGACCUUCCACAAAAGGCCCGACAUCAGCGUGAACACCGUCCUGAGGGAAAUUGCAGAGCAGUUCAAGCAGAUAAGAGUUAAGAGUGUGGAAGGGAAAGGAAGUGGGGAAGAGGGGGUUGGAAAGACAAAGAAGUGGACCCUGGAGAAAAAGAGGAAGGAGGACGAGGAGAGGCUUUUGGAGAAAGAUCAAAUGCAGCAUCUUAUGGAGGAGCUGAAACAAAAGCAAGAGGAGAAGAAAAACAAGCAGGAGGUGAAGGAGAGUCAAAUGGAGGAGCUGCCCCCAUUAAUCCCUCCAGUGUUGGCAUCUAAAAGCUCUCCUCCAUCGUCGCCUCAAGAUUCAGCUCCAGCUCUGCCGCUCAAAACGCCACCUACACCUUCAUGUGAAAUCCCUUCCGCUUCACUUCCUCAAACCUCCCCAACGUCUCAGACCCCUCCUCUCCCAUCUUCCACCUGGGAGGAUGUCCUGUGUGAUGUUUGCUUGGGCGAGGGCCGCCCCAAAGCCAUCAAAUCUUGCCUCGUGUGUCUGACCUCUUACUGCGAUGAGCACCUCAAAUCUCACGCUGCCAGGUUCACCAAGCACAAGCUGAUAGAGCCCGUGGCCAACAUGGAGGACAGGAUGUGUCCCAAGCAUGAGAGGCUGCUCGAGCUCUUUUGCAAGAAAGACCAGACGUGCGUGUGUGUCCUCUGCACCGAGACCGACCACAGGGCUCAUUACACCGUCCCUGUGGAGAGAGAGUGGACCGAGAAGAAGGCGCUGCUGAAAAAGACAGAGAUAGAUGUCCAGCAGAUGAUCCAGGAAAGAGUGAAGAAGGUGGAGGAGAUCAAACACUCUGUGGAGCUCAACAAAGUCAGUGCUCAGAGAGAGAUCGAGGAGAGCAUCCAGGUCUUUUCAGAGCUGGUGCGCUCCAUCCAGAAGGCUCAGGCUGAGCUGGUUUUAGUCAUCGAGGAGAAGCAGAGGCAGACGGAGAGGUGGGCCGAGGGCCUCACCGCCGAACUGGAGCAGGAAAUCUCGGAGCUCAAGACGAGGCACGCAGACUUGGAAAACGUGGCUAGGACAGACCAUAUUCACUUCCUGAAGAGCUUUCCAGCUUUAAGCGCUACUCCACCUGUUAAGGACUGGUCUGAGACCAGUGUUCCCACCGACGCAUGCGUUGGCAUGAUCAGGAGAUCAGUGUCUAAACUGGAGGCUACGUUAGGUGAAAUGAUUGACAAGCUGUACAAAAGCGAGAUUAAGAAAAUUCCGAAAUAUUCAGUGGACGUCAUCCUGGACCCUGACACGGCCAAUCCAUGGCUGCAGCUCUCGCAGGACAGACACCAGGUGAGGCAUCUGGGAGCCUGGCAGGAACUCCCGGACAACCCUGACCGCUUCGACACCGUGGUCAUAGUACUGGGCCGAGAUGGCUUCACUUCUGGACGACACUUCUGGGAGGUCCAGGUGGGGGAAAAGGAUGACUGGUACUUAGGUGUGGCCAAGUCUUCCGUCAAAAGGAAGGGUAGGAUCUCUGUCAGCACAUCCCAGGGUUAUUGGGCUCUGGCCAUGAAGAAAGGCCAGGGCUAUCGGGUGUCAACAGCUCCGCCACUGCCGCUCUCUCUCGACCCAAAGCCAAAAAGAAUUGGUGUGUACCUGGACUAUGAGGAAGGACACGUCUCUUUUUAUGACAUGAAAGCUCAGACCCACAUUUACACGUUUGAAGACACUUUCACCGAGAAGAUUCUGCCAUUUUUCUACCUGUACUGCUGCGACAAAGCCUCCGACACAAUGGUGAUCUGUCCGGUGCAGGAGAAAAACCUCAUCAAGUAAAACAGCACACUUUCAUCAUGAAGAUGAGAACCCUGGAAGAGACUGGAAUUCAGACUCACUCGCCUAAUUCUAUUGAAUUGCAGUUUUAUGUACUAACGCUGAGUGUUCUGCAAAAGGUUGGACACAAGCAGUCUAUAGUUUGUUUUUCUAGUGGAACAAGAUCUCACCAUGUAAAAGCAGUCACUGUCAACAUGGGACUAUGUCUGGUGACAGACGGGUGAACCCUGGAUAUGACGCGAUGUGCCUUCAGCUUAACACCCUGUCCCUGUGUUUGAGACUGAAAGCAGUUCUUGAGUUGUUGUGUUGUGAUGACGGAGUUGAUUAAAAAGACUGCUUAUCAAGCCCGGUUAAAACACCAGGUUAGUCAAGCAUUCUGGAAGUCUGGCACUAUUAAUUUACUUUUGUUGGCAGAAUUAUUGGUACUCAGAAUGAAUAAAAACAACAUUGCCAUUGUAA